AUGUCCUCCACCCGCGUGGCGCUGGUCACCGGGGCCAACAAGGGCCUCGGUCUUGCCAUCGUGCGUGACCUGUGUCGGCGGUUCCCGGGGGACGUGGUGCUCACGGCGCGGGACGAGGCGCGGGGUCGGGCGGCCGUGCAGCAGCUGCAGGCGGAGGGCCGGAGCCCCCGUUUCCACCAGCUGGACAUCACUGACCUGCACAGCAUCCGCGCCGUGCGCGACUUCCUGCGCGAGGAGUACGGGGGCCUCGACGUGCUGGUCAACAACGCGGGCAUCGCCUUCCAGAUUGGUGAUCCCACACCGAUUGCAAUUCAGGCAGAAGUGACCAUGAACACAAACUUCCUUGGUACCCGAGAUGUGUGCACAGAGCUCCUGCCUCUGAUAAAAAGCCGAGGUGAAGUGGUGAAUAUGUCUAGCGGAUGGGGCUUCAAAGCUCUUGAAAGCUGCAGCCCUGAACUGCAGCAGAAAUUGAGAAGUGAGUCCAUCACGGAGGAGGAGCUGGUGGGGCUCAUGAACAAGUUUGUGGAAGACACAAAGAAUGGGGUGCAGAGGAACGAGGGCUGGCCGGAUGAUAAUAUAUAUGGAGUGGUGAAAAUCGGCGUCACGGCCCUGUCCAGAAUCCAAGCCAGGAAGCUGAGUGAGCAGAGAGGAGGAGACAAGAUCCUCCUGAAUGCCUGCUGCCCAGGGUGGGUGAGAACCGACAUGGGGGGACCCAAAGCCUUCAAAAGCCUAGAAGAAGGAAUAGAGACCCCUGUGUACUUGGCCCUUCUGCCCUCGGAUGCCGAGGGGCCUCAUGGACAGUUUGUCCAUGAGAAGAAAGUUGCAAAAUGGCAAUUCAUGCCACAGUUCUACCCAAAGUUCUAA